AUGGGUCUUAACACUCGUGCUUCCCACCGUGGUGCCGUCCCCGGACUGAACGGCUGCACUGUCCAGCGUGGUGCCGUCCCUGGAUUGAAUGGCUGCGUCGUCCAGCGUGGCGCCGUCCCUGGAUUGAACGGCUGCACUGUCCAGCGCUCUUAAUUUCGCUCUCCCUACCCUCCGCGUUGAGCGUAGCGUAGCGGUUUCGAUCUUUCUUCGUCAACCUCAAGGACUUACUUGUGGGAUCGAAAACACGAGCGAGUCCCAAGAAGAAAUCAUCGAAGCGAUACGACUACGCGACUCAUAAACGCUAUGUGAAACGGAAGCGACAUACACCCAAUACCUUGCUCUUCUACGAAACCCUUGUUCUUCGAUUCGAAAAACCCUUUUCUUCUGUGACAGUCACAAGAGGGGUUAGGAAACUCAAAAGUCGUUCGACGAGUUCAUCGAAAUCCCUUUGGUCCAACUCCAAUGAUUGGUUUUGUCGAAGAAACACUAUUGCGAUAAUCCGGCCUUGUUUUGUAUAUUACAUCAGACUCUUGUGCGAGGCGAAAUCUCUUGGUUCAUCUACAUGUAUCUAUUCGUUUUUCGGUUGGCUCUCUCUCCCGGUCACGGCU